CCUGCAUCUAUCUUCGAUGACCACCGCAAUGGCGAGCCCUAGUGACAUAGAGGCCCUGAAGGCGCCUCUUCGUGGACUCAGUGCACAGUCAAAACGGAAGCAUGAACGAAUUGAAAGUUUGCAGCACGAACUCGAAAAAGCCACCCAAGAGGAGUCUGCCGUCAACGCCACUUAUCGUAAACACUUGAUUCGCUGUGCAAGAGCAGAUUGUCUUCAGUUCACCAAGUUGAUGCGCGGAAAACUGCCGACAGAGCUACAAGACCUAGUGUAUCAGUAUCUUCUCAUCGAAGAGCGGCCAAUACCUGUAGGGCCUUAUUAUCAUUUCCGCAAGUACGACGGACUUCUGAACCCUAGGCCCACAGGGAUCCUCGGCAACAUUCGCUUUGACGAUUUCGUUGACCCGACGCCGAACACGGGUAUCACAAGCCGUGAUACUAGAGACAACACUGGAAGGGCUUUGGCGCAUGAUGAAAGUGAGAUGUUCGUAGACAUCGAAUCUGACGACGAAAUCAUCGACUUUGGAACCAAUAGUGUCAUCCUACCGGACGGUCGCGUCAAGUAUGAUCAUAGCCAGAAGCCGCCCUCUGACUUGAUUAUGCCAAACAGUCACGUACUAAAUCCAAGAUACGUGGGACAAGCAAUCAUGGCCGAGGCGCAAAAGGUGUACUACAAAAAUAAUACCUUUUCCGUUUGCAACAUGGAAGGAGCAAUACAUAACUUUCUCCAACUACAUCCGGGUUAUAAUUUCAAAACAUGGAGAAACGGAGAUCCCCCUCAACUUCCUAGAGCCCUCAGGCUGGAACCAUUCUCUGUUCCUGCUCAGUGGGUCCGCAGCUUACAGGUUCGCGUCAAGCUGGAGCAUUUCGAAUCUAACAUGCCCCUAAACACGACUGAAGAGGAGCAGUAUACAUACGAGCGACACUUUUUGCGUCACGUAUACACUUCAUUAUCUGCACUGGAAGAGUUAGUGCACACGUCGCUACAAACUGAGCUCAGCAUUGAGUUCAUCAUGAUGACUGAACUACCGACCUUGGACAACGAUCUGUAUUCGUCCGAGGAUCGCCGAUUUGUGAACUUCCUUCAAGCCAUCAGGAAUACGGUUUAUAUGACAAUGUUUGACCGUGAAGGUACGACAGUCAAGAUCACACAUCACGACGAGAUGAUGUGGCCCUUUCCACGAGAUCUGACGGGAUUGUUUGCUCUGAGUAAGGAGCAAUGGGAACUUGAGAAAUCAGUCUAUCCUCUACGGGGAGUGGCCGAUUUCUAUCUCGCGCCCGCUUCGUUGGAUCUGGGGACCCUCAGCGGUGGGUUUUCAGAGCGAGAAAUGGAAUCACUACUCCGUGAGCGAUGGGGUAUCGACUCUGUGCUUGACACCAAAUGCAAGUACCCUAUCACCGAGGGUAAAUAUUGGCCAAAGGGCAACGGGUCAUCUGAUUGGGUAUAGAGGGACCGGUCGAAGGUACCUUUGAUGACGCGCAUGGGGAGACGCGGAACGCAACCAAAUCGGCAACAGAGGCUGAGGCUUGAGAAGAGUAUGCACACAUCUCAAUGUGAUUUCCUGUAGCCUGUAGCCCACAAAUAUGAAAUCUAAUCCUCGGGUACCUGAUCACCCCAUGGACAUGCGACGUACAAGC